AUGGUUUCAUCAGACUUUUCUCCUACAGCACCACCAGUUUUUAAUGGUGAGGGGUUCCACAUAUGGGUUGUCAAAAUGAGAACUUACCUACAGGCCUUUGAUCUGUGGGAAGUGGUGAACACAGAUGCUGAGCCUGUUCCACUUAGAGCCAACCCCACGGUAGCCCAAAUCAGGCAACAUGCAGAUGAGAGAACCAAAAGGCACAAGGCCAUGUCAUGCAUUCAAAACUGUGUUUUUGAUGUUAUUUUCACCAGAAUCAUGGCUUGUGAGACUCCCAAGCAAGCCUGGGACAAGCUCAAGGAGGAGUUCCAAGGCACUGAAAGAACUAGGCAGCAGCAGUUACUAAACUUGAGAAGAGAUUUUGAAAAUCUCAAGAUGAAGGAAGAAGAGACAGUAAAACAGUACUCAGACAGGAUAAUGGCUGUGGUCAACAGCAUAAGAUUGCUAGGAGAACAGUUCAAUGAGGCAAAAAUUGUGGAGAAGGUGCUCUCAACAUUGCCUGAAAGAUAUAAGGCAAAGAUCUCAUCCUUAGAGGAUUCGAGAGACCUGGCAACCAUCUCUCUAACAGAGCUCAUUAAUGCUCUUUAUGCUCAGGAACAAAGGAGAGCCAGUAGAAUGGAGGAGCACCAGGAGGGAGCUUUUCAAGCCAAAGCUAAAGCAACCUCAAGUACCACUGCCUAUAAGGGCAAGAAGAACUGGAAAAACAAGCCUAAGCCUGAUGCUGCAAGAGGAGGAGAUCGACUCUGCAGAUUUUGCAAAAGACCUGGUCAUCCAGAGGCCAGAUGCUGGUUCAGACCAGAUGCUGUGUGUCAACACUGCAAAAAGAAAGGCCAUGUUGAAAGGGUCUGCAAAGAAAAAGGCAGACCUGGCCAAAACCAACAACACAAGGCUGAAGCUCGGGUAGCUGAAGAAGGCAGUGAUAAUGAGGAGCAGGUCUUUGCGGUCUCCUCGCUCACCGCCGUAAGAAAGACUUAA